AUGCAGCUCUCAUCCUUCCUUUUUGCCACUCUUGCGUUGGCCAUCUCUAGUGCCUGGGCCAAGCCUGAUGCCUCCGAUGAUGAGCCCACCUGCUUGCGUAUCUGUCGGGAUGACCCUGUUACCUGCCAGGCCGGCUGGAUUUCUACACAAGUUGCCGCCGAAGGCGAGGAGGUAUGUUUUCACUCAAUCUAUAACCUCUACUAG